AUGGCGGCUGCUCCCGACGUUGCUCGGAGCCGGUUCGUGGUGGUGGGCGGAGGAAUCGCAGGGGUCACCUGCGCGGAGAAGCUGGCCCUGGAUUUCCCAUCAGAAGACAUUUUUUUAGUAACAGCUUCUCCACUUAUAAAAGCUGUAACAAACUUCAAACAGGUCUCCAAAGCACUUGAGGAAUUUGAUGUAGAAGAGCAACCAAGUUCUCUAUUAGAAAAACGAUAUCCCAAUAUUAAAGUUAUACAGUCCGGAGUAAAGCAGUUGAAAAGUGAUGAACAUAAAGUUCUCACUGAAGAUGGGAAAGAAUAUGUAUAUGACAAACUUUGCCUGUGUGCUGGAGCAAAACCAAAAUUAAUUUUGGAAGGGAAUCCAUAUGUAUUAGGAAUCCGGGAUACUGACAGUGCAGAGGCUUUUCAGAAGAAUUUGGCUCAAGCUGAGAGAAUAGUAGUGGUAGGAAAUGGUGGGAUUGCACUCGAGUUAGUGUAUGAAAUUGAAGGCUGUGAAGUAAUCUGGGCUAUCAAAGACAAAGCCAUUGGGAACACCUUUUUUGAUGCAGGAGCAGCGGAAUUUCUCAUUCCAAAGCUAAGGGGUGAAAACCGAGAGACUCCAAUUGAAUGUAAAAGAACCAAGUAUACAAUGGAAGGAAGUGAUGAAAAAGAAAGAUCUAUAGCAGCAUCUGACAAACCAGGCAGUGCCUUAGGCCCUGAUUGGCAUGAGGGCUUAGAUCUUAAAGGAACUAAAGAGUUUUCUCAUAAAGUACACAUUGAAAUACUGUGUGAAGUAAAGAAAAUACACCUGCAGCAAGAAUUUCUACAACUGCAGCGGAAUUCUUUGACUUUUCCUAAGGAAGGGAAAAAUGCAGAACCAGAGGAGGUUCUGUGGCCUGUAUAUGUGGAAUUAACUAAUGGAAAAAUUUAUGGGUGCAAUUUUAUUGUCAGUGCAACUGGAGUCGUGCCAAAUGUUAAACCAUUUCUUGAUGGCAAUGACUUUGCUGUAGGUGAAGAUGGAGGUCUGAAAGUAGAUAAACACAUGCACACAUCCCUGCCAGAUAUAUAUGCAGCUGGAGAUAUCUGCACAGCAUCGUGGGAACCUAGUCCAGUAUGGCAUCAGAUGAGGCUGUGGACUCAAGCCAGGCAGAUGGGAUGGUAUGCAGCAAAAUGCAUGGCUGCAGAUACUUCAGGGGAAUCUAUUGAUAUGGAUUUCUGCUUUGAACUGUUUGCUCACGUUACGAAGUUUUUCAAUUACAAGGUGGUGGUUUUGGGAAAAUACAAUGCUCAAGGCUUGGGUUUAGACCAUGAACUGAUGCUGAGGUGUACCAAGGGACAAGAGUAUGUUAAAGUGGUGAUGCAGAAUGGCAGAAUGAUGGGAGCUGUGCUGAUAGGUGAAACAGACUUGGAAGAAACCUUUGAAAACUUAAUUUUAAAUCAAAUGGACCUUUCAGCCUAUGGUGAAGAUCUCCUCAAUCCAGAUAUUGAUAUAGAAGAUUAUUUUGAUUGA